CUCUCGUUUUUGUAGCAAAUGCCAUAAACCAUUGGGAAUUCAGACCCAAUUAAGCAUUUUCCAGAGAGCGAUAAGCGAAUUCCAGAAAACUUUUAGGUCGUUUGCUGACUGCCAGUCAAUUGGUGGCAUUUGUAUAACAUGGACGCAGCUUAUGUGAAAUUUGUGUUGUGCCAGUGCCUUAUAAAUCGAGCGGAUUGGGGCUUAGCCAUUGGCUGCAUGAACAUCGUGUACUCCUUUUUCCUGUUUCAAUUUUGGUCGGUGGAGCUCUUCAGAUGCCUCAGACAUUAUCCAAUCAAGUGGGUUUUGUUGUACGUAUUCAACAUUAUGUUCAAUGUGAUCGUCAUGAUGAGGAUAGUGAAGAGGGAAAGUAUCUCGGUCUUCUACUGGAUGUGCGAAACAGGUGCCCUCUUAAUAUUCCGAAUACAUUUCAUAUAUUACAAUGAAGAUGACUUUUGGCUAGGCAAACGUGAGUUUUACCACGUGUUCAACAUUGCCAUCGAUGUUUACAUUGCACUGUCUUUGCUGGCUAUGAUUUAUGUUAUAUGUGGCUUGCGUUUGAAGCUGGAGGGCCAAUUCCCCGACGAGGAAAUGCCCAAGAAUUGCAUAUUCGAUCCAGAGAUGGCCAAAAAAGCAGUACAAAAGCAUAAGGACGAGUUGCUAGCAAGGGAGAGGGAGGAGGAGCAGCAGAGACAACUGGAAAGUGAUCGAGAAAUGGAGGAAUUAAAUCGCAAAGCCGCUUUAAAACUUGCUCAGCUCGAAGAGGAGGAGGGAUCCCAGUCCAGCCUGGAGAUAACACCCACUGCACCCGAUGAGGAAAAUGUCUAUUCCAGCAUUUUCCUUCCGCAAGACUUUCCCGGACCUUCAGCUCCGCCAGAAAGCGCACUUUCCAUCGAGUCGGAUUUCUGGUACGAGAUCAAUGAUACAGCUGCCUCCGACGAUCAAUGGAAUGAUUAAUCAUUUCCUUGUAUAGAUAGCCAUAAGUUUUAGAUUCGCUAGCAACAUAAACAAUCUAAAUGGAAGUAAA